UUCCUGCUGCUCAGCGGUGCUGGUGAAGAAGAGGUCAAUCGGGGAUCGCCGUGAACCGCCUCGACCUUCUUCUCCGAUCUCGCCGGAGACCUCCCCCUUGUUGAUCCUUGUCGAAUUCCGCUUUUUACAGAUUAAGCAUGGUGUUUCUCGAAGUUGAAAUGCCAUGGAAUGUGUUGAUUGAUCCUGACAAGCUUGAUGCAAAAGGACUGCUGCUCCGAAAAGCAAUAAUCAUCCGCCUUCUAGAGGAUAUCGCAAACAGAAAAGCAUCCAAGGAGCAUGGCUACUAUGUUGCAGUAACUGCAUUAAAGAAAAUUGGUGAAGGAAAAGUCCGGGAGAUGACCGGUGAAGUGCUUUUCCCGGUGACCUUCACCUGCAUCACUCAGAAGCCGAGCAAGGGCGAGGUCUUAGUAGGCACAGUGGACAAGAUCCUAAAACAGGGACUAUUUCUGAAAUCUGGUCCCAUGGAAAGCAUAUUCCUAUCGGAGAAGACGAUGAAGGAUUACCAGUACAGUGCAGGCGAUAACCCGAUGUUUUUGAAUGAUAAGCAUUCCAAGCUUGAGAAAGACACCUUGGUUAGGUUCAAGAUCUUCGGCAUCAAGUGGAUAGAGUCUGAUAGGCACUUCCAAAUACUUGCAACUUUGGCUGGUGAUUAUCUUGGCCCUCUUUAACUACCAUGCAUAUGUUUGACAUGCUGCCAGUUUCAAUUGUAAAUGAAACUUAGUUGUUGACUUUUGACAUUGUGAUUAACUAGUUCUCUUCA